CUUACUGACACACCCUCAAUACAGGAUGUCAACAAACAAUUACUUUUACCCACAAUCAUGUGAAAGGAAUUUAGCACCUUGAGCCUCCUAAAAUAGACCGCUAUAAUAUAAACAGAGCUAGAGAUGGAUUUAUGGAGGCUAUUCCUCGGUUUGUCUGGAGCUGUGCUAGUUUACCUGUCCCUUUACAAGAUACGAUCACUGUACAGGUUCUUCAGAGAGUACUAUGUCCUGUGGAAUAUAGCCAUUGGGGCUAGAGGAGAUCGGAGAAAUAUAAAUACACCAGCAAGGCUGCAUGCCUAUUUCUGUGACACGAAACUACUUGAUGAAGUAUCCGUGAACCAGAUCUACUCAUUUCUCAAAGAGAUGAUUGACUCGGACGUGAGCGUGGAACAAUUUCACAAAGUGUUGCUGUCCUACAACUACGUAGUUCUUUGUCGAGAGCGUAUCGACGGCUCACUCAGAGGAGCUGAGUUGCUAGGAGUCGAUCGGAAAGAGCAAGAAGGGAGAAAGUUCACUCUGAUUCGUUGCGGAUUAGCGUUUCUUCAGCGUGACUACCAGGGAGGUUCGUUACUCUACUUUGCUAUGGUGUACCUUGUCCUUAAAGAAAUGCUCCUUCAUCCGCGCACUCCCUUGUAUCUUAUAUUAAAGGCCUUCAGCUACAAGAGCUACCUUGUCAUGAACAGCGUCGUAAAGGAUUUUUACCCUAGAUACGAUAAGAAAACACCUGAAUUCGAGCAGCAAUUGAUUGAUAAUUUUGCAAAGGAAGUUUCCAUGAAAGGGGACGUGUAUGAUCCUGAACGAUGUGUUAUCGAAAGAACUCUCUCAAAUAUAAAAGAUUUUGUUGCCCCCAUGACAGAAAGACAGCUUGAAAAUCCUCACAUCAAGUUUUUCCAAGAAACAAACCCGGGAUGGCCGCAAGGACAUCAAUUGAUCACACUGGGUAAAGUAACUUGGAAGGAUUUGCUCACUUUUAUCUUUAUCAAGGCCCCAGCUAAAGCAAAUUUUCGUCACCCUAAAAGAAAUGCAAAAACAAUGAGACGCCGUUUACAAAGAGGAUUGUCAUUUCAAUCUGAGGAUGCACAGAGAUACGUUUUACACAAUUCCGAAAGUUUAUUGAAAAUAGCCGAGGCUGUAAAGAAGGACACAGAAGACAGGAGACCUGAUUACUCGAGACAAGCUUCUUUUAAAAUACACAUGCCAUUGUGAUGCAUGCAUGUGUACUUAUAACUGUGUUUUAGGUUUCUGAAUGCUUAUUAUGUUUCCUCAGUCAGUCACAUGUGCUGCAUUUUUAGAGGCAAUCUCUAUAGCUGUACUUCUAUAGCUGUACUAUAGAACAUGUUAGUAACCGUGUCAUUAAAAAUUUAACCAAUAAUAAUAAUGUUGUGGAUGAAAA